AUGUCCACCCCACCCCAAGCAGAAGCCCAAACCAACAAGAUAACCUGCGAAUUCGCAAUCCCCUGCACCACAACCCCGACAAACCCAACCACCGGCCUCCCCGACCCGCCUCCCCGCAAGGUCAUCUCGCACAUCUUCGGCCGCAACAAAACCGCCACCAAGCGCUUCCCCCCGCACGUCUGGGUGCACUACUGCCGCAAACACUACCAGCGCGCGCGCUACCGCGCCGCCAAAUGGCCCUUCAUCCAGUGCGAGCUGCUGCUCGACUCGCUGCAGCGCAUGGAGGCCUGGGGCGGCGUGCGCAGCUUUGCUGUCGUGCUGCGGAAGAGGGAGGUCGAGCGGCUUACUCCCUCCCUUAGCCUUCGGGGUGAUUAUCAUGAUCCUGAUCCUGGCCCUGCUUCUGACACUGUGUCUCGAUCUAAGAAGGCAGCGACCAAACCAGCUAAAGCCAAGACCAAGGCUAAGGCCAAGGCCAAAGCCAAAGCCAAAGGCAAGGGGAAAGGGAAAGGUAAAGGCAAACGCAAACGCAAAACACCGCGCAUCGUGGCCGCCCCCGUCCCCGGCUGGCUGCGCGCGGAGCUCGGGCCGGACAAGAGCUUUGCGGAUGUUCGCGUGCUGCUGCGAAGGGUGAUGGGUGAUCUGGCGGUGCAGCAGGGGCGCGGACGGAUGGAUCUGGUGCGGUUUCCGGAUAUUGAGAUUUUGCCGACGUUUUUUGAGUGGGUUGAUGCAGAUCAGGAGGAUCCUUCACGUCAUGGUCAUGGUGAGGGUGAGGGUGAUGUGUCUGAGGUGUAUGAGAGUGAGGGUGAUGAUCACGACGAGGAUGAUGAGAGUGAUGUGGUGUCGCCUCGCGAUAUGCGAGCCCGGAGAAUGUCGCGGGUGAGCAGCAAGGGUGGCGUCCGCAAGAUCUAG